AUGGCGAGUGCUGAACACGAUAUUGUACUCUUCGUCAAAGCUGGUUCGGACAGGGAGUGUUUGGGAUGCUGCCCUUUUUCUCAACGACUGUUCAUGAUUCUUUGGCUUAAGGGUACACAGUUCAAUGUGACUACUGUGGACAAAACAACGAAGCCGAAAGAACUUGCUGACAUUGCGCCUGGAACGAACCCCCCGUUUGUGCUUUUUGACGGAGAGGUGUUAACUGACAUUCCAAGAAUCGAAGAGUUUCUCGAGUCUAAUCUUUCCCCUCCAAAAUACCCUUCAUUGUCACCUGUUCAUCCAGAAUCGUACCUAGCGGGAAACGAUCUUUUCGCGAAGUUUUCUGCGUGGAUCAAAUGCAAACCCGACCAGCCAAAUUUACCAACGCUGAUGAAGCGAUACGUACUUGAACUAGCAAAACUGGACGCUUUCCUGAAAACGAGUCUUGAUCCUGCUCAAGAAUCGCGCCUUUUUAUUGAUGGCGAUAGGAUGACCCUGGCAGACUGUAAUAUUCUACCCAAAUUACAGAUUGCUCUCGUUGCUGGGAAAAAGUUGCACGACUUUGAUCUACCCGAGGCUUUCGACGGAAUCGCAGCUUACAUGAAGAACGCAAAGGCGUGCGACGAAUUCCGGCAAACCUGCCCCGACGACGACGAAAUCGCGUGGUACUAUGGCGGACCUAAGCCAAAACCUACCAAGCGAGUUUGA